GCGGACAGCGGCGGGGCCGGCCCGGGGCUUCCCGUGGGGCCGGGGGCCAUGGCCGGCGUGCAGCAGGGCGAGAAGCAGCUCUUCGAGAAGUUCUGGAGAGGCACCUUCAAAGCCGUGGCCACGCCGCGACCCGAGAGCAUCAUCGUGGCCAGCAUCACCGCCCGCAAGCCGCUGCCCAGCAGUGGGACGCUCAGCUGCCUGCCGUACCCUGCGGAGGACAGACGGCCCGAGAAGCUGAGCAGCUGUGUGGUCAGGGAGCCUGCCAGCGCCAAUGGCUGUGCCAAGGGGAGGGACAGACGAGACCGUGCCCACCGCAGGUCACGAAGCCAUUCGUGUGAUGGGGAGCGGCCGCUGCCGGCUCGGGGGAAGAAGAAGAAAAAGAAAUCCGGUCGCAAGAAGCGAAGGAGGUCUCCCUCCUACAGCCCUUCACCUGUGAAGAAGAAGAAGAAGAAAAGCUCCAAGAAGCGAAAAAGAAACAGGUUAUCAUCAAAGAAGAGAAGGCACAGUUCUUCAAGCCCCAAAAGUAAGAGAAAGGAAGAAAGAAAACACAAAAAACACUCUCGUGGGCGCACCCGGAAAUCCCAUCGGCAUCGCCGCUGCCACUCUCGCUCAGAGAGCUCCGACUCCCACUCCCCCAGCUGCCGGAGCAGGCACAGAGCCAGGUCUCGGGAGGAAGGGCGUAAAACACGGCGAAGACACUCCUGGCACCAUUCAAAGAUCACGGCAAAGAGAAGCUCCUCUGCUGAGGUUCAGGCCAGUCAAAAAGCCAGCCAAACCCUCCCACUCUACAGCUUCCUGUCUUCUAAGGAAGUAAGCGUGUGGGGCCAUGUGAGUCAGUGCUUGUACAGCCUUAUAAGGCAGCGUGGAGAGCAGAACCUCACACCACGCGCUGAUGUGUGCACGCACACGCAAAGGAAGAAAAACAAGAUCUCUCAGUCAGGGUCUUCUGCUGACCUCUUUACCAAAACAGACAGCCCGCCUGGCAACCUAGCCAGCCAGAAUGGAGAGUAUCAUGAAUAUGACUCAGGAAACGAUACUUCCUCCCCUCCCUCCACUCAAACGAGCUCAUCCAGGUCAAAGGACAGCCAGGAGAAAAGAAGUCUAGUCCAUGAUGGCUUUGGCCAUGCCUUCUCGUCCGGGAAGCCCAAACUGGCCAACAGCGAUAACAGCUCUGAUUCAGGAAAUUCCUUCACCAGUUGCUUUUCCCACACCAAGGGAACAGCUUUGGAAAAUCUGUCUCCAGAUGCCCAGGGACAAGACCGAAGAGCGUGCCUAUCCUCAUGUCUCGGUUCCUCAGAGGAGAAGAAGCGAAACUUCCUCCCCUCACCAGCCCACAGCUCCCCGCUCAGGCCUGGCUCCCGCAGCGACUCCUACACCAGCACGGGCAGGUCCUCCCCCGGCUCCAGCCGCUCCCGCUCCUCGCACCACAAGGCCUCUCCCAGGUACUCCCGAAGCAGGUCCUGCUCCUCGGGAAAGAGGUCCUCCACACGUUCCCCCAGCUAUUCCUCCAAAUCCUGCAAAAAAAGUCCUGGGAGUAGAAGUUCAAGGCCUCGCCGGAGCCCCAGUUACUCCCGCUACAGCCGGAGCAGGGACCGCGAGCGGGAGCACAAGUACAGCUCCAGCGAGAAGGAGUCGCACCGGGAGCGGCAGCGGCGCCGUCGCUCCUAUUCCCCCCUGAGGAAACGCCGGAGAGACUCUCCCAGCCACCUGGAAGCUCGGCGCAUCACAAGUGCCCGCAAACGCCCCAUCCCCUACUACCGUCCCAGCCCCUCCUCCUCCAGCAGCGCCGGCAGCUAUUCCUCCUGGUCCAGCAGCUUCAGCCGCUCCCCGAGCCGCAGCCGGAGCUACUCCAGCUACCGGACGAGCCGGAGCCGAAGCUGGAGCAGCAGCCGGAGCUCGGGCCCCAGGAGCAGCCGCAGCAGGAGCAGGAGCUAUGACUCAGGAGCCAGCUCCGACAGCCUGCGUCGUUAGGGAGUGCCACUGCUGGCUGACAGCGGGUGCCGCCGUCACCGCCACAUUCCUGGCAUUCUCCGCUUCCUUCCCACCUACCUGGCCAUCGAUAGCAAUCAUCCCCGAUACUGACGUGGUGGCAUUGCCGGGGCCCCCUUCCCCGGAUCGGAGUAAGAGUCCUGGAUCAGUCCCAGCUCCCCAGGCCAGGCUGGAAGAAGGGUCGGUGCUUUACAGAGGGUCUGUCACGACAGACCUGCUCCAUCCUCCCCGAUGCUCCCAUCUCUCCAUUGCUACUGCUCUCCAAAGCACUACCAGUGGGUCCAAAGGCAAGAUUCUGCUCCUUGCUCUUCUGACAAACCAGGAAGCAAUGAAUUAACUUCUGUUGGAGAGACAGACCCAGCUGGGGAGGAGUUUGCUUCGGUGAUGGGGGGGAUGGCUGUCCCCACCAAGGCAAAUAUCACAUCCUUUGGGUCUCUCCUCCAGAGCUGCUGCCCACUCUGCAGAGAAAAUACUUAUUUUUUGCCAGUCAGCCAGUCCCUGCUAUAAUUAGAAGGCUAGAAAUCCCUCCUGAUGUACUUGCUGGGGGAAAAAAAAAGGCUGUUUGCUCUUUCUCCUGCCCUUUCCUACCAGGUAGCAGCACCUUUUGCAGUGUUUUAUCCCCCUAGCACUGAAUAGCUUGCAAACCACCUGCUGAGGUCUGAAGCAGACCUGGGGCUGGUGAGGCACAAGGGACGGGGGACGUGGUGCUGUGCUGUGCUCCAGGGGCCAGGCCACGUGUGGGAGACAGUGGCCAUGGGCUUCCCUUCUCGGGGCAAGCCUCGGACAGUUUGGGUUUCAGUUCUUCAGGGACCAUUGUCCUCAGAGUGUAUUGCUGGUGGGACCAGAGGGAGGUGCAGAGAUAGCAGCUGUGGGGUGCAGUCAGAACACACAGGGUUAAAAGGGCAUUGCAAGAGCCAUGGGACCCCAAUUCCCCUUCCUCAAAACACACAACAGUUUCAGGGAGGAUUCCAGGCAAUGGUUCCUCCUUGAGCCCCUCUGGCUGCCCCAGGGCAGGAUCAGCAGCACAGGCUGCAGCAGGAUGCACUGGUGCCCCAGUUUGUUACUGGGAGGCCAGAGCAGUGCAGGGGGACAGGAAGGGCCCCCCACUAAUUGCCUGUUUUUCUAGGGAGCCACAGGCUGUCCUGGGCCCUGGGGUUUUGUCUCCCUGCCAGCCCAGCUGCCUGCGCAAUUACUGUGUUUUGCCGGGUAACAAAGGCUUCUCCCAGCACAGGCUGAGCUGGUGCUGAGGAGUUUAUUUCUCUUACAACACCUGGGUGCUUAGAGACGCUAAUUUGGGCUUAAGACUUCCCUCCCUCCCUUUUUCCAUCCCCUCCCCUUCUAUCCUGCACGAUUAUUAACGAGUUUGGGCUUAAUGAGUCAAGGAGGUGUGUGUUGUUUAAGUGUUACAGCAAAGGGCUGAGUGGAGCCACCAUCUGCAGGAGGAGAGGGGUAGGAAGGAACAGAACCCACCCCCCACCCCCCAUCUACAGAAUUACCUACAGGCCCCUGACAGCCAGAGAAGGGACAAAGCAGCAAGGGGAGGAGGCCAUGAGCUGCUGUGGUGGAAGUGGAUGAUCAGCUCAGCAAGCCCAUAAAUCUGUUAUCUGUUGGAAAGGUACAGCAGUGCAGGCAGGGAUUCCAUCUGGGUGGUACAAGAGGAAGUUUUACGUCAGGGAUCUCUUUUCCUGUGUUUUUCCUGGUGCUGGUCCCUCUUGUCCUGUGCCUUCAAUGGCCAAAACUCUAAAGGCAGUGUGAGGAUGAGGGAGCUGAAGUGGAGAGCUGGGCACUGGUAUGGUUGGUGGCUUAGUGGGUAUGUGUCCAUCUUCUGGAAGGGCCCUUCCUAGGGGACAAAGAGAAGCACUCCUGGUAGGACUGAGCAAAUACUCCAGGGCUGUGGUUGAGGGAUCAAAGACAGGAUGGAGCUGCCUUCCCUCCUGUGCUGGCCCCAGCAGCUGCCCCUUGCCCACCUUCUGCAGCAAACUCCCUCUCAAAAGGGCUGAAAACCUCAUGCUUCUUUCCCAAAGAGUCUCCCCAGUUUGAUGCUGAAAUACCCCAUCCUUCUGCUCCCUGGGAAGAUCCAAAGGCAGUGAUGGGAACCCCAGCUUCAGGAGCAGGCUCCUGCCCCUUGGCACCCCGUAACACACACACAGAGCUGUAGCAACGAAGCAGCGAGCCCGAAGAUCCAAAACUAGGAAAGAAAAGAAGAGGGGCUUUGUGCAACUGAUGUAAAUACCAAACACUCUCUGGGGUCCUCGUGGCUGGGGACAGAUGAUGGAAGCACCACACGAGGGUUAGCAGCAUCCACUCCCUGUGGGUCAGGAGAUGACCCCGAGGGUUGUGUGGGGCUGAUGGCAGCUCCUGCACUCGUCCAGCUGAUCCCUACAUCAAGGACUGCCUCUGCCUGCACAGUCUGUGGCAGCUAAAUGCUCCUGGGGUUUCCCAAGCAGACUUGCAUUGGAGUAAAUCUCUUUAAAUUAUUUAUUUAUUUAACUUAUUAUUAUUAUUAUUAUUAUUAUUAUUAUUUUAUUUUUAAUUGUAUGUCAGAAUGGACCAGUAUUUAUUUACUCUAAUUUCGCCCCCCCCCCUCAACGUUAAGUUAUUUUUGGAUCUGUUUGUUUGUUCAAAUGUAUCCAUGCCGCCGGUCUCGUGUAAAGGUUUACAGCUCUGGCCCCUCACGGUGAGGUGGCCGGAGGAGUGACAGUCACUCCUGCUGCCACCGUGUCCCUCUGCGCUCCCCGGAGCAGGGCGGAGAGCACGGCACGGACAAAGGGACGCAGGGCAGAGCUGCGUGUUUUCGCGUUGGAAUCUCGGGUUUCUCACUAGAUUUGCGCAGGAAUGUGAUGGGUGUGACACAGAAACGGGUCUAGGACGGGUGUAGGAGGUGUCGGCGGGGGUCUGCUGGCCGGCCGAGCGCGGGGUGCUGGCAGUGCCACCGGGGAAGUGUCGCUGGCCCGGUGCCAGCUGGCCCCGCGCUGUUUGCCUUGGCUCCGCCGCCAGAGCUCAACCCGAAACCCGGCUCUCCGCAGCCACCGCCGCUUUCCCUGGGAGGAUGCCGUCGCCAGGACUCCCCUGCCGUGUUUAUCCCUGCGCGCUGACCCACCCAUGGGAAAACAAAAGAGAUGAGACUGUGAGAGACUGAACCCUGCGGAAAGUCCUUGCAAAAUCCAGCCUCUGGUGACGGACCUGACCAAGUCUGUGUGUGUAUGUGUGUAUGUGCACAUGUGGAUGUACAUGUGAGUUUCCCUCGGUGUUAUUUAUUUUUUAACUUAUUUAAUAUUUUUAGUACAAGCUUUAGUACACCCUCCCUGUUAGCGUACAGACGGGGUUUCUGUGGGUUUGCGUGAAGCUGUGGGUUUUUCUGUCUCUGUGCCUUUUGCCAGUGCUUUUUUUAAUUUAUUUUUUUAACAUUAUUUCUCUUAUUCACUGCUUUUAUGGAUUUUUGCUCUGUAUCCAACAUCUCAGAUUGCUGCAGGUGCUCUCUGCAAAGAGCAGGUUCACCUGGUGGAAAGGCAGCUUGGUCAUUUUGGUGUUGGUGGCUCUCUGCUGUGGUCAGACACACAAGGGGUGUUCAGGGCUGAACGUCAGGAUAAUAUAAUAAUAAUAUCUUGGCUGUUUUUUGGAAGGCCUGUCUCACACUCAAAGGCUCUUUCCCUCCCAUGAUUUUGAAUCACCCCACAAGCAUCCCUGCUGCCUUUCCCUGGCAGCUCCCAGUGUCUCCCUGACCCUGGAGACGUUGACUCUCCCCAUUCACUGGGCCUGCCUUGGCUAUGGGUUUGUCCCCACAAGGGACACUUGUCCCACCUCUCCCAACCCCAAGCUCCAGAAAAUCCAACACCAUUUCUAAAGGUUUGCUGGGAAGCAAGAUGAGGGAUGUUUCCAAGCACUAUUCUGUUCUUUCUCCAUUGGUUGCAGCACUCAGCUGAGCUUUGCUUUAUGUUGACUGCAAUUUUCUCAAUGUUUUUGCUGUUUUGGGGACUGACUUUGUACCAAACUUGUCUGCAACAGCCAAUCAUCAUUAUUUUGCUAUGCAUUGUACAUAUAUUGAACAGGCUGAGAGGACUUGGCCUCUAUUUAAUAUUUAUUUCUUCUAUUUAUUAUUGCUUUAAAAAAAGCUAUUUGGGUCAUGCUGUUGGGUCCAUGAAGGCAAGAGCCUUUGAAGUGUUGCCAGAUAUGUUGGAGAGAGGAAGGCAAAUUUGGCUCAUUUGGACCUCACCACCAGUACUUGGAGAGAAACCUCAUUGUGAUGGAGAUAGGCAAGGCAGGAGAAACCUCUCCAUCUCCUUGAACCAGCUUCUGUUGACAAAUCACACCCCCCUGGAAAGGUGUGGAGAAUUCAGAGGUAACAAACCAGCUCUGGUGGAGGAAUAACCCUGCUCCUCUUCCUCUUCCACGUGAUACAGGGCUGCCAUCACCAAAAAUCCCUGGAGUUCUCUGAUCUCCCACUGCUGAUCUCCCCUUUAGGGGGCAGGAACACUGGUCACCCUUUGCAUCAGUGAUGAGGAAGGGGAUAGGAUGGAAGUGACUGACCAUGGUCUCCACCAGGAAGCAAGGAUGUCCACCCUGCCCCAUCCUGAGACCCUCGUGCCAUGUCCUGCUUUGCCCCCUUCCCCAAGCUUUGUGCUUCGCCCUGAUGUGAGCUCAGUAGCCAGGGCAGGACUGGGGAGGCCUCCCCUGUUGUCUCCAACUCGAGCAGAGCUUGCUGCAGGCAUCCUCCCCCAGCUUUGAGAAGAGCGUGAGAUGUGCUAAAAUUCCCACCCCGUCCCAGCGUGGCUCCACCAAAGCCGCAGCCGCUGCUCUGCUCCCUCGGGCGGGAGGUGUUUGUGCUCAGCAGCAGGAGAGUGCCCAGCACUGGGCUGUUCCCACAGAGCUCACCAGGAGCUGCUGCGUGCUCAGGCUCUCAGGGUAUUGCUUUGAGAAAGGGGAAGGUUCAGGUGCCUAAGGGAAUGCUUUACCCUUUAGGGUCUGAUGGGGUUUUAUUACCUCUUCACCAGAGAAUACAUAAUUCUCAUGGCUUUGCUGCUGUCUGGCAGUUUGCAUGUGACUGGGAGGGUCUCCAAAGCAGCAGUGUCAUGGUCAAGCACCCCAGCUUUUGGGCUAUUGCAUGGAGAACAACACCCUCACCAGCCCAGGGCAGCUCUCCACCUUUGAAACCCGGGCAAUGAGGACAAGAUUUAGAACAAAAGCCAAGAUGUGAGGAAAAGCCACGAGGAAACGGUGUCUCUGUUCUCUGCCUGUUGGUUGAUUCCACCCCCAACGACACCGGCGCAUCUGUUCGUUUGAGUUCAUUGUAAAGCUCCCCUUGCUCUCCAUCCACAUGCGUUCUGUAUCCUUUUGUCUUCCUGGGUGUUUGAGUUGUUAGCCUGGUUAGAAAAAGGUUCCAAUAAAGGUUCGGACAGUA